AUGCAACACCUCGUCGUCGACCCUUCCAAGAGAGCCCCUACGACCCGAACUCACCCCGGCGCCUCUCACCUCCCUGCCGCCAAAGCAACGCACUACCACCCCAUCCACCCCGAGUCCUCCGACGCGAACGCAUCCCUCCAGUUCAUCGGCACCGCGACAACCCUCCUCCACUUCUCCCCCCUCACCAUCCUCACCGACCCCAACUUCCUCCACGCGGGCGACCACGUCCACCUUGGCCCGGGCGUGACCGCGACGCGCCUCACCAACCCGUCCGUCGACCUGCACGACCUCCCUCCGGUCGACCUCGUCCUGCUCUCACACUACCACGAAGACCACUUCGACCGCGAGGUCGAGGCCGAGCUCCGCCGCGACCUGCCGAUCGUCACCACGCCGCAUGCAAGGAAGUGCCUCGUGGACAAAAAGGAGCCUGGGGAGCGCUUCGAGAAGGUGGAGGCACUGAAGGAGUGGGAUAGCCUGAUGGUCGACGUCGAGGGCCAGGACCCCGAUGCGCAGAAUGGACGUGUAAGGGCCGUCAAGAUAACCGGAAUGCCUGGGAAGCACGUCCCAAGCGGAGGUAUUCUCGGGAAGGUCAACGAGCUUGCCCACGCUGUCCCGCCUACGAACGGCUGGAUGGUCGAGCUAGGCAGCAAACCCAAAGACGGCGACGAUGUCGACUUCACCUGCGGCUAUCGCAUCUACAUCUCCGGCGACACGCUCAUGGUCGACGAGCUGCGCGAGAUACCAACGCGAUACGCAGGUCAGAACAUCGAUCUCAUGCUCGUGCACCUCGGUGGCACGACGAUACCGUCGCCUUCGAUGCCUCUGCUCAUGGUCACGAUGGAUGCCAAGCAAGGUCUCGAGCUCGUCCGACUCGUUAACCCGGAUCUCACGAUCCCGAUCCACUACGACGACUACGACGCGUUCUUAUCCCCGCUUGACGACUUCAAGAAGGCGAUGGCCGAAGCCGGUCUGCAAGAUAAGGUGGUCUAUCUGGAUAGGGGGGAAGAAUACAAGUUCGUGGUCCGGUGAAGUGUGGAAGCCCGGUGAAGCGAAGAACGUCGUAUACACCUGCUCCUGUACAACGAUCCAUCACCUCGUUGUCUUUGGGUUCGAUGUGAAGCAGUAGAGCCGUCCAGAAGAACCCGACGACUUAGUAUCUCCGUAUGGCCGCAGGCUCGUCAGCUAUAUGCCACGAGUUCCCAGAGCAGAACACGUCGCGCAUUAUGAGCGUCGAGAACAGUCGCCCUAUCGCAGAUCGGCGCAGACUACCUCGCAAACCCGCUCUGCAGAAGCCUUGCAAUCUCCGGGCUCAACGCCGCCGUCGCAGCAGCCGCAAACCCCUCAUCCACAGGGCCCAAAAACCCAUGUUUGGUCGGCGUCAUCGCCUUCAUCUCCUUUCGCUCCAUCCUCGGCCCUCCCCCUCCCCCUCGCUUCAGAUCAUCCCCCACAGCGAGCGCGAACGUGCCGACCUGCACCUCCCCGCUGCCCCAGCCACCCACAUAACACGUCCCGCCCCCUCCCAUCCGGACUCGCCGUCCCGACGUACUUCCACCCGAAUCGCCCAUACGCCUUCACGAAACCGGAGAUGAUAGCCGUCGCACAUCCCCUGGACGACGAACGUGCCCGCGUAGUCCCGUCCCCGACCGUGCACGAACCCCGUCUGCGGGUCGCGCAUGAGCGGGAGCACGGUGCGCCCCCUGUCGCGCAUGGCGAAGAGCCCGGUUGUACCACGCGUUGUAGAAGUAGAAUCCGUCGAGGUCGAGGCUCUCCGUGGCCCUCGCCACUC